UCUUCGGAGUCACAUGACUCUUUACAGUAAGUCCAACAUGGCAGACGGAGUGGAUCUUACGCGGUAACUACAGCAACAUUUCAAGUGGAACAGACUAAUUCAACACUACUCAGCAACAAGACAUCAACAAUGAGGGAGAGACAGAAGAAAAAGAAGGGGAGGACGUGGGCGGAAGCCGCUAAAACGGUUUUGGAGAAAUACCCUAAUACGCCCAUGAGCCAUAAAGAGAUCUUGCAGGUGAUCCAAAGAGAAAGGCUUAAGGAAAUAAGAAGUGGAACCUCGCCACUGGCAUGUCUGAACGCAAUGCUGCACACAAACUCUCGUGGUGAGGAGGGGAUCUUCUACAAAGUUCCAGGCAGAAUGGGGGUCUACACAUUAAAGAAGGACUUCUCAGUUGUGGCGAACGAGCUGUCUGAGGAUGGCUCUGAGGAGAGCAGUGACAAUCUUUCUGACUCCCAAAGCACAGAAAACAGCAGCAGUGCCAUCGCAGAAGAGGGCAGGAGAGGAAGGUGGAUGCGAAGAGUUCCCUCCAUGCUGCAGUCACAGCCGUCCUCUCCGCAGCCACGAUGCUCGUCGCCUUCUGUCCCCACCGGUAAACUCAUCUCUCCCUCGCAGAAACACAGCAAGAAAGCUUUGAAACAGGCCUUGAAGCAGCAGCAACAGAGAAACCAGCGCAGACAGGGGGGGAUGCCAACCACCUCCAGUCCUAGACUGCUUCUGAAAACCAUCAAAGAUAUGGCUGACAACAUUACUACAAAGACUGACUUAUGCCACCCAGUUGUUCCCAGGAAGGCUUCUCAGAGGUCAGGGCGCCUUAAUGCAGGGCAGCUGAAACGUACCAAGUGUAAUAUAGAUGUGGAAACACCAGACUCCAUUUUGGUUAACACUAACUUGCGGGCGAUCAUCAACAAGCACACCUUCUCGGUCCUGCCCCCAGACUGCCAACAGAGACUGCUCAAACUUCUGCCUGAAGUUGACCGGCAGGCUUGCAUGGAUGGCCUUCUGAAGGUGACUAGUUCUGCUUUGAACAAUGAGUUCUUCACAUCAGCAGCUCAGUCUUGGAAGGAGAGACUGUCUGAGGGGGAAUUCACUCCUGAGUUGCAGCUACGAAUGCGCCAAGAAAUAGAGAAGGAAAAGAGAGUAGAGCACUGGAAGGAGGCCUUCUUUGAAAACUAUUAUGGUGAAAAUUCUGGGCUCAGCUUUGGGGAAUCCAAAGAGCUGACAAAGGCUGAUGUGAAUCAGGAGUCUGCCAGGCCCCAGUCCCCCCCUCAUCAGACAGGACCUGCCGCUCAAGCACCAGAGGAUCCCAAGGGCUCCAAGGACAGCAGCCAGACUGAUGCUGCGACCGUUGUGAAAGACAUGAAGCCAACAAAGGAACUUCUGAACACGCAGCCUGCUCAGAGAGAGCCAGUCUCCACCACAGAGCCCAUGAAGACACGGCGCUCACAGUACACUGAGGAUCGUAAAUUGAACGCAACAGCACAGUCUGGGCCAACACCUGCGGUAAAAACACUAGAGGUUGAGAGGCCGACUGAACGGGCCCCAGUAGGUACGCUGCCUGAAAAGGAGCAUAAAGAGGAAGUGAAGGAGGAGAAAACUGAACUCCCCCAGUCGCCUGUUAAGAAGAGCGGCCCACAGAAGUAUAGUUCAGAGCUAAAAGAGGAUCAGCCGGUGUCUGUGGUUAAGCCCACUGUGGAGAGCAAAGAGGUCAACCCUGAGCCCAGUGGCCCCUCAGAGCCGCUGAAAAGGAAAUCUCUCAGUGAGAUUGGGGAUGAAUUGACACCAGAGAAAAGGCCCCGUAUGUCCUCAGUUUCCUCAGUGUCCUCAGUCUCCUCUGUAUCUCCUCCAGCGUCAUCCGUAUCCAGCCCUGCUACACCAACUUCAACAACAAAUCAGAGGGUUCCACCACUCAAGAUCCCAGUGUCACGGAUUCUUCCCAUUCCUUUGUCACCUAGCCAAGUCUCACCCAGGACUCCCCUCCCGGCCCCGCUUAGCAGCCCAGGCCGUACUGGUGCUCGCACUUUGGCUGACAUCAAAGCCAAAGCUCAGCUUGCCCGAGCGCAGCGAGCAGCCGCUGCCGCAGUAUCUUCUGCAUCUAAGGGAGCGGUGCCAGGCCCGGGGCCAGGGGGAGGCAGUGGUGAGCAGACACAGCCCUCGCCCAGCCCCAGCCCAACAUCCCCACAGGCAUCAACCAAGUUACCAGCCUCCAGCAGCAGCAGUCAGACCAGUACUCCUCCUUCUUGCCCACUGGACUCUUUUGGCCAGUUAAGCCCAAACCGGUUUCAAACAUCUUACUCAUGCAAAACUGACAAUAAAAACAAAGGUCAUUCUGCUGGUACUGUCAGUGCGCCCGGCAGCAGUCAAAUGCAACCCACUCUGCCAUCUGUGCACGCUCUGAAGGGACAGGAAAGUCCAUCACUUGCUAUAUCAUCAACCAAGACCAGCUCCUGUAUCCCUGCAAAUAACCCGCUGGUCACUCAGCUUCUGCAGGGUAAAGAGGUUCCAUUGGAGCAGAUCCUCCCAAAACCGCUAUCCAAGGUGGAAGUGAAGAUGUCAAACGUACCCUCUGGUAGUAAGGGGACGACACCACACUCUGCUGAGCACAGGUCUGAUAAGCAGAUGUCCCACCAGUUCAAUACAGCAGGACACACAGAAGUUUUCUCAGAAUACCCGAGACAUCACAGGGAACUUCCUGAUGAGGAGACUCAGGAGCAGAUCCUGCAGACUCUGAUGCAGAGGAAAGGCCAGCAGAGCCAGCCUUAUGGUGGUCAGGGGCCUCCGCACCCUCAGUAUAAAGUCUAUCAGCUAGUGCAUGCAGAAGAGCAUCAGGACCAAUCCAGGAUUUCGGUAGGAUUUCUGGGUCGUAAGAGGAUGCCCAGGCCUGCCAUGACGGGACAUUACCUGCUUAAUGUGUCCACAUAUGGCCGAGGACCAGAGAGCAAGAGGCUGCACCAGUCUGUCAUCCCAAACACGUCUAUAUCCAAUUUAAAAAGGGAAAGCACAGAAGGAGAGGAUGCGGCCAAGGAAGAAGAACCAGCCAGCAAAUGCUUUUUUCCUGCUUCUGGUGUAAAAACAGAGCAGCAUGGAUACUCCGUAACCAAGUCUGAUGAAGCAGCGAGCAUUCAGCAUUGCUCCAAUGUAAAGACGGAGCCUGGAUCAGAGGACAGUGCAGUCGGUGCCGAUAACAACAGCACUAGUGUGACAGCCAAAGAAGACACCAGCCCUUUUUCUCAGUCACAACGAAGGCACCUCGAACUCUGCAAUAGUAACCAAGGAAACUCCGAGCCAUAUCUUACCCAAGUGGACCCCUGUUACCAGCGGCAGUCUGCCUUUCAAACCCAGAGAACACUCGAUAACCAGGAAGUCAUGGCAGCGUCGUGCUACGGUGGCACUAUCAGCAUGUCUGUACCUAACACUUUGAACCGCAGCACUGCAGGCAUCUGCUCUCACACAGCCUCAUCAGAGGCUGGCGGUGUCCAUGGGAGCGUCAUGUCAUUCUCAGUGACCGUCACCACCAUACCUGCCGGUCACUCGUUAGACCACAGCAACCAGGACGAUCCCUCACCUGAGCAGUCGUUCAUCGAAGGCUCCAACAUGGAGGACGUCCAGUCUAAAUGCUACUGCAGACUGAAGGCGAUGAUCAUGUGCAAAGGAUGCGGAGCCUUUUGCCACGAUGACUGCAUCGGCCCCUCGAAACUCUGCGUGUCAUGUUUAGUUGUACGAUGAUAUGAAAUGAAUAAUAAUUAGAAGAUACAGUAUCGUGGUUUGAUUUGUACUGAAGCAAGACCCAAAGCAGAAGCAGGUCAUUCA